AUGGCACAACGGCAAGUUAAGACAAGUUCCGGCGCAUUGCAGUCACGGCGCACCUGUCAUUGUUUGUUUUGUUUGGCUUGUGACACGUCUGACCCUGGUUUUCAAAUUCUCAAUGACGAUGAAAUUGUUGUAAGUGUGAGAGAAGAUGUUGAAGUGGAAGUGGAAGAAGAACUUUCUGCUGAUGUUGAAGUAGACGCUGGACCAUCAGCUAGUGAAGCAUUUGCCGGCCUCGAGACUGCUUUGAAGUGGAUGGAGCGUCAGCCCGAGUGUGACCACUUGCAACUGCUCACCGUCAAGCGAAUGCGUGACCUGGCUGCCCGAAAACGGUUGAAGACAGCUUACAUUGACGGAGAUGUUUAA